AUGGCUCCACGACGAAAAAAGAAUGAAGAAGAACAACAAAACGCCACCCUGGACAAGGAGGUGGAGGCGAUCGCGAAGUACGUCCGCUUCAACACGCCCUGCGACACGUCGCGUUUCGAGGGGAAUGAUGUCAGCUAUUUUCAAGGCUCGAAAGCCGUCGACACGCUCCUCAACUCGAAGUAUGGCCUGAAAGCUAAAGGCGAGCCGCGGUUUCCGGACAGAAAGGCUUGUGUCAGCUUUAUGGUUGAGCUCUACGUGAAUCGGCUUUUUUUCCGCGUACGCAAGCUCGUGAAAAAGGACAAGAAAGACGAGAAGGACAAGAAGAAGGGUAAUGAGAGCGACGCCAAGCAGAGCCCCCGGCCCGAGGCGAAUAAGAAGAAGGGGAAGAAGGGCUCCGAUGACGGCAACGAGAGCGUCAACGACACUGCUGCCGAGGAAGACGACAAGAAGAAGGACAGCGACGAUAAGAAGAAAAAGAAGGUGAAGCUGGCGGUGCACGAGGUCCAGAGCUUCCACGAUGCGAACGACGUGUACGUUUGGGUGUACGACCCGACGCCGUGGCACAAGAAGGUCAUCGGGCUGAUGAUGGUGCUCGGCACGAUCGUCGGUUGCUUGUUCCCGCUGUGGCCAAUAUGGCUGCGACAGGGCGUCUACUACGUGUCACUCACCGGCAUCGGGGCGUUCGGCGCCAUUGUAAUCAUUGCGAUUGUACGUACGGUCCUCUUCGGCAUUAUCUGGCUCGCCUCUAUGGGCAAACACCAUCUAUGGGUGCUACCGAACUUGACCGAGGACUGCGGCUUCUUCGAAUCGUUCAAGCCCUUCUACACGUACGAGUACCGCCCAGUGGGCAAGGCGCCGAAGAAGGACAAAAAGAAGAAGGAUAAGGAUUCCGACGCUGAACAAGAAGAUGAGAAGGCCGGUUCGGACGACGAGGCGGAAGCGGAAGCGCGGAAAGUGGAAGAAGAACGGGAAGAGGAUGAGGAAGCCGGAGACGGCGAAAACCAGAAUGAAGAGGAUUUGGACGACGAGGAGGAAGAUGAGGACCAGAGCAGCAGCGGCACGAGCGUCGAAGAGGUCCAGGCUGCUGGUGGAGAUGUACAAACGGUGCCAAAGGUGCGACGCCGCGCGCGUAAGGACGACGACUUCGUGGUGGUCGACAAA